AUGGCGAAACAAAAGCGCAAGCGCGCCGCUGAUAGCGACGCGACACAGAACAAGGCGAGCAUGCACAUACCAUAUCGAGGAGCUCAUUCGUUCAUAUCUGACAUGUUGAGACAGGUACCACGGCGUGCGCGCGCCCUCGAACUCGGCCAAGUUGAGCAACACAUGACAGUCACCAACACCUCGACACACGUCCGCCGCGCCUUUACCCGUAGUACCAAGCGGAAAGAUACGGAAGCCGCUCGCAAUGGCGUUUUCAACACCGAAGAGCUACUCGAGGCCAUACUACUCUUUCUCCCGCCCGUCAACAUCAUCAAAUGCCAGCGCGUGGCUCAAAAUUGGCGCAACACCAUCAACGGAUCUGCACAGAUCAAGCAGAAGCUCUUGGUCAGAUGUUCCGACGAUUUUGAAAAUUGGACGGUGCAGGGCGGCAAGUUCGUCGCCACUAGUGAGACAGCCGACGUUCUUCGCGACACAUUCCACGGAGACCGCGCUUGGAUCGAUGUCAUGGCAGUCACAUCGUCACUCAGCCCGCUGGUAUCCUCUUGCAUCCCUAUGAAGCCGAGGAUGGGCCUACGACAUGGCCAGACCUACGGAACCAGAGCUCGCACAAUCAUACAGCUGUCCCGAGAUUUCGAGAAAGGCUUCAUCCAGCUCCUGCGUGGCCAGAGCUCGCCAAUGCUUGAGGCGAUGCUUGUUCACAACUUGCCCGCCACUCAGCUUGAUAUCGAUUUUCGGGCGGAAACUGUGGGAGGGUGGAGCAUACGUCACCCCUACUCGAGUCUGCGCUUAUCCGGACCGUUUACCGUGGGUGCCCUGGCGGAAAUGGUGAGAGGGCUUCAUAGCUUAGGCACUUCCAUCACAUCGCCUGGUGGGAAGGUGGACUACACCCAAGGCCUCGGAGAUGUCGCGAGCAUUGUGCGAAAGGUCGAGUCAUGGAGUAAGGAGAAAUUGGAGAUUAUCAGUAUGGACAUUAUAGUCUACGGAAUGCUUUUCGCUUCUAUUGAAGAUAGAGAAGCUGUCAGAGCUGGGAAGGGAGAUAAGGUGCCUGGGACUUAA